AUGUCCGACCAAGAGGCCCUGACUCCCCGUGUAAUCAUUGUUCGCCAUGGUCUCCUCUACUUAGCAAAUUUCGUAGGCCCUGGAAAUAUCCUCGACCCAUGCAGCCUUGUGCACGUCUUCGUUAGCCCGAGGGUGAGGGCUGUACAGACCUUUGAGCUGCUGCUGCCGGCCUCUUGUGGUGUCGUUACUGAGGUUACCUACACCGAUGAGCUUACGGAGUGGAACUAUGGUAACUAUGAAGGUCUCAAAGACCAGGAGAUCAGAGUUUCGAGGAAGAACAGCGGUCUGGACAAACACAGCGAGUGGGAUAUCUGGUCAGAUGGGUGUGAGGGUGGAGAAUCAAAGCAACAAGUAACUGGGCGACUGGACAGGCUUAUCUCGCAAAUUAAAGAGAUUCAGAAGCCCUACAUGCGUGGCGAGAAACCUGCUGAUGUCCUUCUUGUUGCACAUGGCCUUAUCCUUCGCUGUUUCUUAAAGCGCUGGCUUGGUUGCUCGAUUAAUGAUCCUCUCGAGAUGAUAUUAGCACCUGGGGCAAUUGCGGUUCUAAGCUACAAAAAAAAUGAUGUUAACAAGCCUGCCUUCCACGUUGGCGUGGCGCUUCCAUCUAGGAAAUGA